AUGCCGACGGUAGCCUCUGCCUCGGAGCCCCCCCUGCCAGACACCUCGGCGGCCGACAAGGCGAGGGAGCGGAUGGCGCGGUUCCGGGAGCUGCAGGCGCGGGCCAAGACGUCGUCGGACCAGAACGUGGCGGAGGCGGCGCGCGAGUCGCAGCGGCUGGCGACGGACCCAUCAGCGCUGGCGUCGCUAAACCGGCGGCGCGACAUCGCGACGCACAAGCUGCUCAAGGCGGAGACGGAGGAGGCCGGCGAGGACUUCGAGCGCAAGCGGGCGUGGGACUGGACCGCGGAGGAGAGCGAGCGGUGGGACCGGCGGGUGCGCAAGAAGGCGGCGCGGCGGGACGACAACGCGUUCCAGGACUACCGCGCCGAGAGCAGCAAGGUGUACCGGCGGCAGCUGCGCGAGGUGGCGCCGGACCUGGACCGGUACGAGCGCGACAAGAAGGCGGCGGUCGAGCGGGCGGCGGCGGCGGGCGGCCUCGACAUCGUCGAGACCGAGGACGGCGAGCUCAUCGCCGUCGACCGCGACGGCACCUUCUACUCCACCGCCGACUCGACCGCCUUCGCCGAGAACCGGCCCGACCGCGCCGCCGUCGACCGCCUCGUCGCCGAGCUCCGCAAGGCCGAGGACGCCCGCCUCCGCAAGCGCCGCGAGCGCAUGGCCCAGAACGGCGACGACGGCGACGUCACCUACAUCAACGAGAAGAACAAGCAGUUCAACCAGAAGCUCGCCCGGUUCUACAACAAGUACACCGCCGAGAUCCGCGACAGCUUCGAGCGCGGGACGAUGAUCUAG